UACGUGACAUGGACUGUAUGAAACAGCCUAAAAACACUUGCUGAUGUAAUGUGUCGGCAACAGGUUCUCUGGUGUGCUGGCAGUCUGCUGAUCCCCUUUACUUCCUAAUUGCAAACUUCGGUCUACAGUUAUUGGGCCUACAGCAACCUUCAUGGGCUCGGGGACGUUGUCUUAUCCAGCAUGCUAACAACAUUUAAAGUUCGUUUUUUAUUUAUUUAGGCUAAUUGAAUAGCCAUUCGAGACUCAUGUGGGCGCAAGCUGCGGGAUGGGCAAAAAUCCGCCCUACAGUUGAAUGGUCAUUCUUGAGUCAUGCACCCCACGCUGACGCAGCCAUAGGCCUCUCCUCCUCACAUUGUCCCAUGUCCUAGCCGCAUCUGUAGUUUGAAAGACCUUGAACUGUAUUGCUUUGUUUGAUUAUGUAAUGAAGUUUGGGACCAGUACAGCUGCAUGUCUUUAAAACGGAAAACAAACAUGAUGUCAAAUUAUUUGAAAAAAUUGUUUCGACGGAUUUAUAGGCUAGUGGACCUAUUCGAUCACCACGUUGAUUACGGAAAUGAUUAAAUAUAUUCUAAACGAUUAAGGAAAGGGCCGUGGGUUAGUCAAAGUAAAUGUAUUGUAGCUAAACAUUAUUACGGCUUACAUUUAUAAUUUGUGCUUCAAUGUCUAUAAGGCUUGUAGGAGAGAUGAGGAAGGCAAAAGGUGUUAUAUAAAUGUUAAGCCAUAGCUCUUAUCUCUGGAAUGUGCAAGUCAUUUUAAGAAACUGUACACCGAUUAACCACACCGGUACAGACCUCUGAACUGAUUUUCCGCAACAAUUCCUGUAACACGAGAAAGUACUAUCUUUAGACUGAUACUUUAUCGGUUCUCGGACCUGAGCCACCAACAUACUCUUCACACGCACUACGCAUAACAUCUCAGCACUAACUUAUUAAAUGUUCACUACAGACACAUAAGCAGAAUAUGGAUUUAUGAAGUUGAUGGUGUAAGGAUAAAGGGGUACCACCACAGUGAGAACAAAAUGUUCCAAGCUGGGUCUAGCGCCAAAUGCCUCGGCCACGAGCAAGUAGCUGUACACAGACACAUCCACGGAGAUGACCGGCAGAAAAAUACAUCGGCAAAAAUGGGAAUUAUCGGUCUGUGUGAGAUUACCCUGUUCAUGACUUUGGGGACCUGAGUUUCCAACACCUGGAGAAUGACGAGCCCUUCAUGCACGUGCCUUUCCCCCGCACCGUGGGCAGAGCCAACAAGCUGCUGUCGAGCGCUGUGAGCAGCGCGGUCGCCGGAGGUCACACGUGUGUCAUGUUAGGAGGCGACCACAGCUUGGCUAUUGGGUCCGUGGCGGGCCACGCCCAGCAACGUCCUGACCUUUGCCUGAUCUGGGUGGACGCCCACGCUGACGUCAACACACCCACUACCUCACCCUCUGGGAACCUCCACGGCCAGUCUGUGGCUUUCCUGCUCAAAGACCUGCAGGACAAGAUGCCGCAGCUCCCUGGGUUCUCCUGGAUGAAGCCGUUCCUGGCAGCCAGAGAUCUGGUCUACAUUGGCCUGCGAGAUGUUGAUCCCGGCGAGCACCUCAUCCUCAAGAACCUGGGCAUCCAGUACUUCACCAUGAAAGACAUCGACAGGAUCGGCAUCCAGAGGGUCAUGGAGGAGACUCUGGACCACCUUAUGACGAGGAAACAGCGGCCGAUCCACCUGAGCUUCGACAUCGACGCGUUCGACCCCUCCCUGGCCCCCGCCACUGGGACACCUGUGAACGGAGGGCUGACCUACAGAGAAGGCAUCUACAUCACGGAGGAAAUCCAUAACACAGGGAUGCUGUCUGUGAUGGACCUGGUGGAGGUGAACCCUGUCCUGGCUGCCAGCCGUGAGCAGGUGGAGGCAACGGCCGGGCUGGCGGUGGACGUGAUCGCGUCGUCUCUGGGGCAGACGAGAGAGGGAGCUCCCCUCCCCUUCCGGGAGAUUCGCUCAGGGAAGGAGGACACGGAGCAGCUACGCCUCUGAAACCGCUGAUUCACCAAGGACUUCUUUUUUUUUUUUUAUUGUAUCGACCACUGGCCAUUCCUGAAUAUUUAAAGACUGCACAGACAGAAUGGAACUGUAGUUUGGAUUGAUAUUUCCUCUGUUGAUGUACUGUAGAGUUCUCGUGUUCAGGUGACACGCCACGAAACUGUGAGGAGCUUCGUUAGGAUGAAGUGGACAGACUUCAUUUUCUCUGUAGUCCACGCCGAGGCCAUAAAAAGCUUGUACCUUUGUCAUUGAAAUGCUAUGAUAUUGCUCAUAUUUUUACUAUACUGUAAUCAACUAAAUGAUGCUGUUUACCAGACUGUAGCUCUACGUUUGAAAGGUGUACCCUGUAUGUUCACCGCAUUAACCUUUAAGUGUUCUAUAGUAUUCACAUAAGUUUCAAUAAUAGACAAUGUUAGUCAUUGAGCAACAUGUACUUAAUAUGGAACUAUGUUGUGGAAAAGGCUUUAAAUAUCGACAUUCGAAAUGUGAUAUAUAUAUAUAUAUAUAUAUAUACACUCACACACCAAUAGAAGUAAUUCUACCUUUGUGCUGCCAAGAGUGGUAGCACUUGACACUACUAACUUGUGUGUAAUAACAGGCCUGCAUAUUAAGUACAUGUUGUCACUGCCUAGGAGUCUGGGCAUGUACUAAGUUUGUAAUAACGACACUGGUGUCAAGUGUGGCUGUGUGUGUCAGUUGAGAUGUUGUUUCUCUACUAGCAUGUCCCUCAGGUAGACAGAGACCCAGCUCCACAUGUCUGAGCCAGGGCAACUCCAGAUAGAGGCACUCAAUCACACUUGGACCCGCAUGGUUUCACAUAUUUAGCUUCAAAUUAGGUUUUGUAUUGUUAGUCAUUUAUAAUUUCAUGUUUUCAUUUAGCAGAAGUUUUUUUUUAUCCAAAGCGACAUUCAGGGAGGAUUUGAACCUGCGACCUUUUGAUCACCAUUCUGCAAUUUGUGUAAUAUAUAAAUGUGUGGUUUUAUAUUAGUCCGAUUGAAUUGGCUAGAAAACGUUUUAGUUUUUAUUUUGGAAAUUGACAAGUGCAAUUAGUGUAUUUGAAAUACUGACAGAAUUACUUUUUUUCCAAUUGACUUGUAUUCGCCUUUGUGACCACUGAAUGACUCAGAAAUAAUAAAUACUAUUUUAGUGAUACGCAA